AUGUCGAUCCGAUCCUCAGAAGUUUCCAGCGCAAAUGACGUUGUGCACUCAGCAGCGGCCGCGCUGCCUCCAACAGUACCUCCUCAACCUGCGCGUGCUACUGCUGCUGAAAACAAACGCCUAUCGACGGUGGCAGAAUCACAGCCUAAUUCCAAUCGCAAUUCUGCGAUAUCAUCCACCUCUACAGCGUCCGGAAAAUCCAAACGGAAAACCCAUAUUGGGCCAUGGCAACUGGGAAGAACUCUGGGUAAGGGUGCUACCGGGCGUGUUCGCCUAGCGAAACACGCGCUCACGGGCCAGACGGCUGCGAUUAAGAUUGUCUCCAAAAAGUCAGCUGCAAUGGUGCAAAGUCAGAGCAUUGCUGCGAUGGACAAAAAUAUAGAGCUUACAACGCGUGUUCCUGGCGGUAGGGUGAUCCCAUCUGGGAUCGAACGAGAGGUGGUGAUAAUGAAGUUGAUCGAGCACCCGAAUAUUAUUAACUUAUAUCUUGUUCUCGAGUAUGUUGAAGGUGGAGAGUUGUUUGACUAUGUUUCCGAAAGCGGGCCUCUUCCCGAGAUCGAGGCCGUUCGCCUUUUCAGACAAAUCAUUGCAGCACUCUCAUAUUGCCAUCGCUUCAAUAUUUGCCAUCGCGACCUUAAGCCGGAAAAUAUUCUCCUCGAUACCAAUUGCAAUAUCAAACUUGCAGACUUUGGGAUGGCCGCUCUCCAACCCGCGGGCCAUUGGCUGAAUACUUCCUGCGGAAGCCCUCAUUAUGCCUCUCCUGAAAUCAUAUACGGCCAUAGAUACCAGGGUGACAAAGCCGACAUUUGGAGUUGCGGGAUUAUUUUAUUUGCCAUGCUGACGGGGUAUCUCCCUUUUGACGGUGGCGAUCUACCUAACACACUCCGCCUUGUCAAGAAGGGAGAGUAUAUUUUCCCUCCCUGGCUGAGCGUCGAAGCAAUGGAUUUGAUUCAGCGUAUAUUGCAAAAGCAACCACGGGACAGGAUCAGCAUCGAUGAAAUGUGGUCUCAUCCGCUCCUUAAGAAGUAUGAGAAACACCAUAUUUUGAUGACUUCGGAAGGGGCUUCCUUGGGGCCUCCACCACCUUUAUCAUACAAGGACUGCGGAAAGAAGAUCACCCGUCGCCAGGAUAUCGAUAUGGAACUUCUGAGAAGCCUUCAGACCCUCUGGCAUGGAGCUAAAGUAGAGGAGCUUAUUGGCAAAUUGCUGAGUGACGAGGUCAACCAUGAAAAAAUGUUCUACCACGCCUUGGCUAAAUUUAGGGAUGAUCAACUUGAAAACUACGAAGGCCCUCUCGGAUAUUCUGCCAGUGACUACCACCACAUAUCAAGGGGCCCUGCAAAAUCCCAACCGCGAGCCACAAGUAGCCGCAAUACUAGUCAAUCCUGGCGACGAUCGCAACUGUCUAUCGCAACUGGUCGAUCUACAUUCAGAGAGGCUUCCCAUCCAGAACCUAAAUCUGCUCGGACAAUUGCCAGCUAUGACCCUUACAGGUCCUCUCGAUCGCCCAUAUCCAAUCCUCAGGCAGAGUUUGCCAAUGUGACUGUCCACCGCCAGUCGCCAGAUUCUCUAAAGAGCAAAGGAAGCGAUAGCUCUUCUCAGGCUUCCAAUUCUCCAAGCCAUUUCACUCUAAAAAAGGAACUCCCCAAAGAUCGCCGUUCAUUUGCCCCCAGCUCCUCCAUCGGCGCUAAUAGAUGGAAUAGAAAAGGCUCUAUUUCCUCAAUUCAGUCCCGAAGCUCUAUUGCAAGCUCCACCAGACGCCGCAAUGGCUUUACUGGCCCUCGUUCAGCCAGCUACAAGAGAAAUGUUUGUUUUAGACAUGUCCGCAACCAACGCUCCAUUGGGAGACAAACCACAGAACAGCCGGAUAUCACACAGACACAUUCCCAAUCUUCGGUGCCCCCUGAAACUGAGACGAGGGAUAAGAUUCCCUCUGAUAGAUUCAGCAGCCCAGCACUUCCUACUCCACCGCCUCCUAUUCGAGUACGUAGGAACCCUAAUCAUGAAAUGAAUAAGGAUCCUGCAAAACAACGCAUCGCUGGCCAAUACUGGAGGGAUGAGGCAAUCAAAGUAUCGGCGGAACUUGGAAAAAUCUGUGAGGAAGCAUUCAAUCGAACUUCCACCUCAUCUAGCGCACCCUCUGUUGAAACUGCAAGACAGACUGAAUCCCCUCCAACUUCAGUUUCAACUCCACAGGAAGUGAGCAGCCCUGAAGACCAAUAUAAGAUGCGUCCACUCCCAGAGCCACCGGCCGACUCAUUCAACUCUUAUACAAUUCGGGAGUUAGCCGAUACUCGGCGUCGACUUAUUGAACAUUCCGCUCAGGCAACAUCUGAUGACAUUUCCCAAUAUCUUUCUGAGGUCAUUGCGCAUCUUGAUCGCUUGAUAGGAGAUGAACUUGCUCCUAAAGCCGAUAACAUCCCUAAACCCUGUCCGGAAGCGCUUUCCCGAACUUCAGAAUCGUUUCUACCAUCCAUCGCCGAGGACGCCAUAUUUAAUGACUGCACAUCGAUUAUAGAGAAAAUUCAAUGCGAAGCAAAGACUCCAGAAUACGGAGAUUCAAAGAUCACGAACUGGAAAUCGGAAAAUACAAUCCGCAUGGUACCUCAUGAAUCCAGUAUUCCUGACAUGGACGCGAUAAAGCCGUUGACGAUUCGUAAAAAAUCGGGCAGUUCCUCAACGCAAAAGAAGAAUCCCUCCGCGAACCCCGCCGGACGCUACAGAUCUGUUUCAGGCCCUUCUGAUGACGAAGCAGCUGGCAGUGCUCCUACCAGCAGACGCAGUAGCAAUACGCGCUAUUACACCAGCGGACUAGAGCCGAUAGAAGAGAAUCCAAGAUCCCCGGAUAGUUGCAAUGACGCUCGCAAUUCGGGAGAGUCAUGGAAAUGGCCAUGGUUCAAGCACAGAUCGCUGAGCCAGGAGCAAAUACCACCCCCACCACCUUCCAAAGAUGACGCGCCGUGCUUAGCAACAGCUAGCGAUGACAAUAAUCAAGAACUUGGGAAGAGGAAGAGCCUUCAAGAGCUAUUAGAACUUGGCAGGAGGAAAAGUGUUCAGGGCCUAUUAGAACUUGGUAAGCGGAGAAGUGCGCCAGGGUUAUUAGAAUCGGACGAGCACCUGAAAACUACCAAGACGGACAAGCUGGAGAUGAAAGUAGGGAAAUCCCGAUUUUGGCAGUUCCGACGGAGGAUAUCACGGAAACAAAAUCUGGUGCAUGAAACGGCCGAAGGAGAAAAACCAGUCAACGACCCCAAUGUACCUACUGAAGUAGCGCUACCUGUGUCUCCGCUUCCCAGCAGGGCCAGUAGCUCUAUUACACGGCGUGGUACCAAGAAGAACGAAAGUCACCACCGUUCAGGGAACCAAAAUUGGUUCGCGAGAUUCUUCCAUAUUAAGCCCGCAUCGAAGACGCUGGCAUUUAAAGUGUCCAAACUCCGCGCGAUAAAAGAAGUUGUCAAGAUCCUACACGAGUGGAAUAAAUAUGGAAUGGAAGAUGUAUAUCUUGAUAGGGCGAAUAGUAUUGUGACCGGAAGGGUUGCGGAGCUAAAUUUCCUCCGCCUACGGCCCGUUGAAUUUUGUGGCGAAUUCUUCACCGUCCUCGAGCGAGGCAGGCAUGCGAAUCUGAGUCUGCUGCACUUGAGACAAGAGCGUGGAGCAGCAUCAUCAUUCCACAGGGUAGCUAAUACUCUAGAGAUUGUGCUGAAGAAGCGCGCUUUAUUAGUCGACAAUUCAUCCAAGGCUAAGAGGAUGAUCAAGGUUCUUUAUUAACUGUCUUUUCGAUUUGUUUUGCGUUCCCCGCUCUUUUUUUCAUCCAGUAUACUCCUUCGUUUUGACGCUGUUUGAAUUAUUUAAAGCCUUUUGUUCGGUUUAUCCCUUGCUUUCAUCGCAUUUAUCGCAUUUCCUUUUUAAAACAAAAUAUCUUGCACAUUCUUGAUUUCUCCGUACGUUUGCUGUUGUUUAUUCUCCGUUAUACGCUAUGUAAACUCAUUCACCCUUCUUUCUGUGAGAAAAUUUUGCCCUUAAUAACUUUGUUCGCUUUUUUGACUCCAAUUCGGUUGCCGCUCCGCUCUCAUUUAUGACAUUUGGAUUGGAUGGGUUUCGAUAACGAUGUCCUGGAUUACUUUACUACCUUUUCCACUGCCGCGUCAUCCUCGGUUUAGCCAGAUUAUCAAACGAGGGACCUUAUCAGUCUACUGUUUGGUUAGCCUGUCAAACGAUCUCCCAUGCUUCUCUGUUUAUUCAGUUUGACCGGUGUAUCCCAACGGGGUCUGGAUGGACUUGACGCAUUCUUCCACAUUACCCUCCUCCGGCCCCUCCCCCCUUUUCCUCUCUUGCUCCCAUUCCAACGAAGCCCAUGCCCAGUCAUUCCCACAAUUCUCGGUGCUGUGCUAGUAGUAAUAGUUUAGUUUAUUUAAUAAGUUGCCAAUAGUCAGAUCAGUUUAAUAAU